CACUUGGGAAGGCUCAGGCAAUUCUAUCAGGAGAAAACUCGUCUGAGAGAAAUGCCAGCAAAACUGGAGAGCUUGUAGUCGAAUUAGGGUCAAGAAGGAAGAGCUUUGCUGAAAGUGGUAGCGAAGUUAGAAGAAGUGUAUCAUCCAGAUCAAUGUCAUCAAGAGUGGAGAAUAUUAGUGAAAUUGAACAACCAGAAUGGAAGCUAGGAAUGGUUUUACCUUUUGAACCUCUUUCUAUAACUUUUGAAGAUAUCCGAUAUGCAGUAGAUAUGCCUCAGGUACUUUUGGAUUAUAUGAAAUAA